AUGCAUUUCCGACAACUAGCGCUGGCUGCCCUGGCAGUUCUACCAGCUCUUGGUGAGCUUCACACCUCAUCGCGAUGGAUUCUCGACUCCAACAACCAGCGCGUCAAGCUACGCUGCGUCAACUGGGCCGGACACAUGGAAGCUCGCGUUCUCGAAGGUCUGAACAAGCAGUCCGUGGACACAAUUGCCAGCUGGAUCGCGGAUAACGGGUUCAACUGUGUGCGCCUGACAUAUUCGAUCGACAUGGCUCUUGACCCGGACGUGUCUGUUUCUGACUCGUUCGCCGCAGCCGGCACGAAAUGGGGAAGCGAGUCUAAUAUGGCAGACGCGUACAACGAUGCAGUCUCAAACAACCCUUUCUUGGCGAAUGCCUCGUCCAUAGACGUCUAUGCCAACAUCAUCGACGCAUUGGACAGCAAGGGUGUCAUGACUUUGUUGGACAAUCAUGUUUCCGAAGCGAGUUGGUGUUGCAAUCUCACUGACGGAAAUGGCUGGUGGGACACUGCGUCCGGAUACAACGAUCUCAACAGUCGCUUCUUCAACACGACUAAGUGGCUCGCUGGCUUGGAGGCCAUGGCGACAUUCGCUGUCGACCAUCCCGGUGUGGUUGCAAUGUCGAUUCGCAACGAACUCCGUCCUACGCCUAUAUUGCAGGACCUCGGCCACGACGAUUGGUACAAUUAUGUAAACCAAGGUGCUUUGGCAGUGCACAAGGCCAAUCCCAAGGUGCUGAUCGUCAUCGGUGGCUCACAGUCUGCCACCGAUAUGUCGUUUAUCCGCAACAAAACCCUAGACGUGUCCCAAUGGGCCGACAAACAUGUCUGGGAAUUCCACGCGUACUCGUUUACCGUCACCUUCCCGGGCAAUGGAGACUGCACCGUGGCCAAUACCGAGUAUGGUGCUUUGGACGGAUUCGUUCUUACUCAAAACCAGUCAUACACUGCACCUCUGAUCCUCUCGGAAUUCGGCGUGGGUAUGACUGGGGGCCCGAACUCGGGUUUGUCGGAUAAAGAUAACUCAUACCUGCAGUGCUUGGUGAAGUACAUGGAGUCAAAUGAUGCUGAGUGGGCUGUGUGGGCUCUGCAGGGCAGCUAUUACGUCCGCGAUGGCACUUUUGACUAUGAUGAGUCCUAUGGCCUGUUGGACCAUGAUUGGUCGGACUGGAGAAACAGCAAUUUUACUGGAAUGCUGGGCCAGAUGUGGAAUGUCACGCAGGGACCUUAG